UCAAGGAUUUUGUAUCCAAGUUCUAAAUGUUUGUAGCCCAAGAUGGUGAAUGCUGACGUGGAUAUAGCUGGUGCUAGAAAGCAGGUGGAACUGGAGGAAAAACAACAACAUUCUCAAGAAGUGUUGGACCUCCAACACACACCUAAAAUACUUUCUGCAAAAGUAGAUGCAGUUAAGGAAGAAAAUAUGAAGCUAAAAUCAGAAAAUCAAGUUCAGGGACAAUAUAUAGAAAAUUUCACAUCAUCUUCUAGAUUUUUUCCAAUAUCUGACACAAAAAACAAAGAAAAGUUAAGAAUUCGUCUCCUUUCUGUUUUAUGGAAAUUAAGACUUUGCCUGUAUUAUGGCAUGAGGCAGAUGAGAGCUGGACUGUGCUGUCUAACUGGGCUUGUCAGAUACUGGGGACUGACCCAGCUGGGACCAGUUCGAAUGCUAGAGCUGGUGCAUGAGGCCCAAGUUUGGUUUCAAGAAUUUUCAGUUGAGUAA